AUGCCUGAUCGUGAAGACCGUGAUGCCAUCUCGUUGAUGUCGUUGUCGUCAUCAGUCGUUUCCGAAACAUCGCUCGAUCCCCAUGCUCCUGCGCCAGCACCGUUUAGUUCCACCGCUGACUUUGCGGCGAAAAACUCCUUUCCCGCGGUUGAUGACACCGUUACUGCCAACGAGUACUUCCCCAAAGGGGACGAGCGCAAUAUAGCAGCCACCGUGAUCAACGAGGAACCAGCUAGUAAAAUCCCACUUUGGCGGAAAGCUUACGACGUGAUAUACCCCAACUAUGUUCUACAGCACUUGGACUAUCCUUCUUUCAAGAUUGUAUUUCGAAGUUGGUGUUAUGUUUGGUCAUGUACCAUUUUGACAAUCGUCCCCAUGACCAGUCGCUGGUUCGGGACUGCUUCGUAUUUGCUCUUGAUUGUCAGUUUCAUUAGCAUUUCCGGUGGCACUUCCAUCGUGAUGAACUUGAUUACUGCUUGCACUUUCAUGACUGGGUUCAUUAUUGCAUUUGUUCAUCAUGUGAUUCGGUCAAAGAUCAUUAACGAUUUGCACGGCGGAAUAACAGAGCAAGAACUAAUCCGGCAAUUGGUGCAAGAAGGCUCGUGCCAAAUGAAUGACAUGUUGCAGCAGUGUGUACAGGACCAGAUCUUUUCCGGAAGAUACAUCAAUACAAAGGGUGUUGCGAUAACUAUACUCUCCAUAAUAUCGUGUACUUUCAUUGUGGGCAACAUGAGAGACAAUUUACACCCUUUGUGGAAGGUAGUUUAUAUUGGAGGGCAGAUUGGCAAUGUUAUAUUUUCGUGCUAUGGCCAUUUUUCGCCGUUAUACCAGCCUUUGGCUGUUGGAUAUCAAGUGUUGAGGCCCGCGGGGAUCUCGCUCGUUCUCAAGGUGUUGUCUAGUUUUAUCAUUUACCCAACAACUUCAAAUUUCAACUUUGUCACUGGCUGCAAGGGCUUGUUGACGCAAUUGAAAAGCACCUGCGGAAAGAAUUCCAAUUUAUUCAACACCAUGAGACCUUCGGCGCCCAAUUUCGCAAACUACAAGGGCUUGAAAAAGGAUAUUAGCGGCAUUCGCGCCAAGAUGGCUCCCUUGGAGAUUGUAGCGUCAACCAUUUGGCUCGAGUAUUCCUACGGACGGUUCGAUGUCGGAGAUAUUGGCCAACUUCGGUCUUUGAUCAAAAAUGUCAUUAGCGCGUCUGCGAGUUAUGCCUAUUUUUACCAAUUAUUGCAAGAGAGGACCCACUUUGCCAAGGAUGAUUUCGGCAUAACCAGGAAAAAAUCAACCGCGUCGUCCCUUGGACACGGUCACGCGAAGCUAUUCAGCGCGUUCCAUGAUUCCUAUCGCAAAGUCGGGGAAUACGAGAGCCGCAAGAGGAUUAAAGUGUUGAGAAACAGAAUCAUGCACCAUGGCAAGGGGCAUAGGCUAACGACGCGCGAUAUCGAUCGUAUUGCCAAAUUCCUCACUGAGAAUUUCAAGAUCUUGCUAGAUGUGGCCAACUCGGGUCUCCAAGAGGUCAUUGAGUGGGUGGAUACCGCCAACAAUUUUCGAGUAUAUGCUUGGCUACCUGGACAGUGGGAGGGCUACUGCCAAAAGCAGCAAGAAAUGGCACAACGGGUCAAAAAGGCCAAAAAGGAGGUCCAGGUGGCCUUGGAAAAAUUUGAUGACGUUGAUGCGUUGAAAAAGAUGAUGCUUGAUACUGCUAGAACUGAAGAAGUAUUGUUGUUCUUGAUCAGUCAGGGUAUCUUGUUUUUGCAAAUUGCCAAAUACCAAUUGGAAAAGAUUACGGCCUUGUUGGAUUUUGCCAUUGAGCUCGACGAGAGACGACCCACACCUAAAUUCAUCACCUACUUUACCGCGUGCAAGUACUCCAAACCGAGGCACUUGUCGAGCGACUUGGACGAAGAAAUGCCCGAUUUUUUGAAAAGCAACAUUCGAGUCAGAAACGCCGAUAGUCUACCUCCGGCCAAUCUUAUGCAGUUAGCAGGCUUCUACGUGGUCAAGGUCUUUAAGUUUUUCUUGUCUGAUAAUUUUUGGUUUUGGAUCCGUGCCGGUGGCUUGGUCUGCAUUGGAGCCAUCCCUUAUUUCGUGCGCACGACUGCGUCGUGGUACUACAACGAGAGAUUGGUGUGGUUGGUGAUUAUGAUUUCGCUUAGCAUUAGCGAUAGCACGGGCCAGACCGUGUAUACCUUUGCCGCGAAAUUUGUAUACACCUUUUGUGGAUGCCUCUUGGGGAUGGUUGGUUGGUACAUCUCGUGUGGCAAUGGUAAAGGCAAUUACUAUGGCUUUGGCGCGGUGACCGCGGUCAUUUACUUGUACUUGGUGUUUUUCCGCCACUUUUCUGUGCACCAAACGCUCAUGCCCCAGAUCUUGUUUGGGGUAACCACGGUGUUGGUGUUGGGAACCUCGUGGAUCGACACCAAGAUUAAUCCAGCCGGGGCCAAUGUCGGGUACGGGUUCAAGCCUGCUUGGUUGCGAUUCGUCAGUGUUGUGAUUGGGUUAGCUAUCGGGUCGCUAGCAGCAAUAAUCCCAACUCCUCGUUCCUCAAAGACAAUAGUGAGAAAGAUUUUGGGCAGUUCCUUGUUCGAAGUCGGUAAUGUUCAUUGCGACAUUACCAAAUUCGCACUCAAGAGACUAGAAGACCCUGAUUACCACAUCCAGGACAGACACGACAUCUUACUUGCGCGAUUUCGGUAUUUGCUAAUGAGAAUCUCAGGGUUAUCGGGCUUGCUCAUGCCGUUGAAGUACGAGAUCGCCAUUGCCGGCUACUACCCGGAAAGCAAAUACCUUCGACUUCAGGGGCUUGUAUCAGACACGGUUCAAUUAUACCUUAUGCUUUUAAUAGCUUUGAACAGCUUGAAAGAGCCCAAAGUGUGGAUCCCAAUUAUAGUGAGACGGGUGGGAUUAUGUUACUCAGAGUUGGAUGCCGAGAUUUUCGCCACCAUACACAUGGCGUCGGACUCUCUCAAAUCCAAGGACCCCUUACCAAAGAUUACCGAGGCCAAUAUCUCCAUCAAACACAUGGAGUUUCUAAGACAUCAGUGGGGGCUCAACAAGAUUACCCUUAGUGAGCGUUUUUACUCUGACAGGGAAAGAAGGAAAAGCGCAAGGUCCAACAGCGCCAACAGUCACCACGAAAUAACUCAGCAUUUGGACUAUGAAAAGUUUUUUAGUCAAGAUGGACAAUUGAACAUUUUGGCAUUAUUGGUUGCGCAUAUGAUCUAUAAUCGACUAGAUGAAAUUAUGAUGUUGGUGAAAGGGUUAGUCGGCGAGGUGUUUGAUUUGGACGAUAAUAUCUUGCUUGAUUCGGAUGCGUAUUCCGAUGACGAUCUCGUCAAUGACCGUGACGACGGUGAUGAUGAUGAUGGAAUAUUUUCUCCGAAAUAUAACGAACGAUUGAUGAAGAAUCAGUAA